GGCGCUGCUGUGCGUGCUUGGAUGCAUUUGACGCCCAAAAUGGCGGCACGGUUAAAAAGUUUGGAUUGUUUUGUUCGACUUUGUUUCCUGAGCAUUCGGCGAGCCGUGUAGCUAAAUAACCUCAUUUGGAUACAGGUUGGAAGGCUUGCAUGGCGCCUUGCUGCCUGCCUAAGGACUUCUGGACGUGUCCAAAAUUGAGAAUGGCGCAUGGCCUUCACCCCAAAUUUGGGCUGACUUCCCCCAUGCUAGGCUACUAGGCUAAGCUAACGUCGGAAGGUAUUCCCCAAAAGCUUCGUUUUGGUUAUGUCGUAUCUCGCUUGGAAGGUGGCGGAGGAGGCGACAAGCAGAACAUGAAGAAGAGGACCUCGUCGUAGACAUGGAGGAAGAUGUGAAAAAAGUAAAAAAGCCUGGCAUCGUGUCACCCUUCAAGCGGGUCUUCCUGAAGGGUGAAAAAGGACGGGACAAGAAGGCGCUGGAGAAAUCGGCGGAGCGCCGGGCACUCCACACGGUCUCUCUCUCGCAACCCGACCACCGCAUCGACCCCGACAUAUUGCUCAAUGACUACAUCGAGAAGGAAGUCAAAUAUUUGGGCCAGCUGACAUCGGUGCCGGGAUACUUGAACCCAUCAAGCAGGACAGAAGUCCUCCAGCUCAUUGACAAUGCAAGAAAGUCGCAUCAGUUGGCGGGCCAGCUGACCUCCGAGCAGGACGCCGUGGUAAGCUUGUCGGCGUACAACGUCAAGCUGGUGUGGCGCGACGGCGAGGACAUCAUCCUGAGGGUGCCCAUCCACGACAUCGCCGCCGUCUCUUACAUCCGCGACGACUCUCAGCACCUCGUCGUCAUCAAGACGGCCCAGGAAUCCGGAGGCUCCCCCUGUCCCAGCUCCUGUCCCGAUCUCAACAAAUCUCAGACGCUCAGCUCUUUGUCGGAGAGCGGCGCCGCGCUGGUGGAAGUGUGCUGUCUGCUUGUCCUCGCCGUCGACAAUAAAGCAGCUGCAGAGGAGCUGUGCCUUCUGCUCAGCCAAGUCUUCCAGAUUGUCUACACCGAGUCCACCAUUGACUUCUUGGACAGAGCCAUCUUUGACGGAGCCACCACGCCCACAAGACAUCUUUCCCUAUACAGCGAUGACUCGUCGAGCAAAGUGGACAUGAAAGAAGCCUUCGAAGGCGAAGCCGGCCCUUUUCCAUUCCAGGCAUCGCCGGAAGCCGACGGCAGCUCCCCGUCGGCUUCCGGCCCCGCCUCUCCUCAGGUCACAACGGCGAGCGAAGGGGAGCUCAGCACCACGGCCGCCGAGCUGCUCCAGGAUUACAUGACCACGCUGCGCACAAAGCUGUCCUCCCAGGAAAUCCAGCAGUUUGCCGGGCUGCUGCACGAGUACCGCAACGGCUCCUCCAUCCACGAGUUCUGCAUUAACCUGCGGCAGCUCUACGGAGACAGCAGGAAGUUCCUCCUGCUUGGCCUGCGUCCCUUCAUCCCCGAGAAGGACAGCCAGCACUUUGAGAACUUCCUGGAGACCAUCGGCGUGAAGGACGGCCGCGGCAUCAUCACCGACAGCUUCGGCCGCUACCGGCGGGCGGCCGACUCCAACGGCAACGUCGCGGCGGCAGGCGGCGGAGACGGCGCCGCCUCCGACGAGGGCCCGGAGGAGGCCGGGGAGACCUCGGAGGGCGACGAGUGGGACCGAAUGAUCAGCGACAUCAGCAAUGACAUCGAGGCGCUCGGCUGUAGCAUGGACGGCGAAGGCGCCGCCGCCGCGUUGUAACUGGGCAGACUCCACCCAUUGAUCACACUGAAGGUUAGUCGUCGUAUGACGUCAAUCAAAAUGCACUUAGGCUGACGUGCGGUCCAGCCCUGGUUACGUUUGUUCCUCACUUAUGGGCAGUAUCUGCCACCGCAGUCAGCCACACCGCAAGUGGAUGCAGUCACCACAUCAGUUUCGAUUACCGCUGCCUUAUUGCUUUCCCCCCCCUGAUUUGUUCUUUUCCUCUUUAGUGGUGCACCGCAAUUUGCCCGUUUUGUGCUCUCUGAACACCCAAAGGUGCCUCAGUCAAGUCUUCCCCUCACUGGGGCACAGAGAAUCCAAAAUGACCGCCUCAUUAUUUCUUGUCAACUGUGUGCGUGCGUGGUCAGCAGUUGCUGUGCAUCUUAUGGCGAGUUUUGUUUUUAAUCAAUGAAGGGGAGGCUACCCAUUUUUUUCUGGAAGAAUUUGGGAAACCCCGAGAUGAAGUGUUGGGUCGUUUAGCUGCCGUUGACCCCCAAUUGUGCCUUUGAAAGUGUUGCGCACACAGUCAUCGUUGUGCAGAUGUUUAUUAAAAAGAACCGCAUUUUGCAAGA